GGACCCGGAAGUGAGGGUGUGAGAGGCCUCUCUGGAAGUUGUCCCGGGUGUUCGCCGCUGGAGCCCGGGUCGAGAGGACGAGGUGCGGCUGCUUGGAGAAUCCACCGCUGCCGCCGGCUCCUGAAGCCCAGCCCUUUCCUAACCCAACCCAACCCAGCCCAGUCCCAGCCGCCAGCGCCUGUCCCUGCCGCGGAGCCCAGCGUUACCAUGCAUCCAGCCGUCUUCCUAUCCUUACCCGACCUCAGAUGCUCCCUUCUGCUCCUGGUAACUUGGGUUUUUACUCCUGUAACAACUGAAAUAACAAGUCUUGAUACAGAGAAUAUAGAUGAAAUUUUAAACAAUGCUGAUGUUGCUUUAGUAAAUUUUUAUGCUGACUGGUGUCGUUUCAGUCAGAUGUUGCAUCCAAUUUUUGAGGAAGCUUCCGAUGUCAUUAAGGAAGAAUUUCCAAAUGAAAAUCAAGUAGUGUUUGCCAGAGUUGAUUGUGAUCAGCACUCUGACAUAGCCCAGAGAUACAGGAUAAGCAAAUACCCAACCCUCAAAUUGUUUCGUAAUGGGAUGAUGAUGAAGAGAGAAUACAGGGGUCAGCGAUCAGUGAAAGCACUGGCAGAUUACAUCAGGCAACAAAAAAGUAACCCCAUUCAAGAAAUUCGGGACUUAGCAGAAAUCACCACUCUUGAUCGCAGCAAAAGAAAUAUCAUUGGAUAUUUUGAGCAAAAGGACUCGGACAACUAUAGAGUUUUUGAACGAGUAGCGAAUAUUUUGCAUGAUGACUGUGCCUUUCUUUCUGCAUUUGGGGAUGUUUCAAAACCGGAAAGAUAUAGUGGAGACAACAUAAUCUACAAACCACCAGGGCAUUCUGCUCCGGAUAUGGUGUACUUGGGAGCUAUGACAAAUUUUGAUGUGACUUACAAUUGGAUUCAAGAUAAAUGUGUUCCCCUUGUCCGAGAAAUAACAUUUGAAAAUGGAGAGGAAUUGACAGAAGAAGGACUGCCUUUUCUCAUACUCUUUCACAUGAAAGAAGAUACAGAAAGUUUAGAAAUAUUCCAGAAUGAAGUAGCUCGGCAAUUAAUAAGUGAAAAAGGUACAAUAAACUUUUUACAUGCCGAUUGUGACAAAUUUAGACAUCCUCUUCUGCACAUACAGAAAACUCCAGCAGAUUGUCCUGUAAUCGCUAUUGACAGCUUUAGGCAUAUGUAUGUGUUUGGAGACUUCAAAGAUGUAUUAAUUCCUGGAAAACUCAAGCAAUUUGUAUUUGACUUACAUUCUGGAAAACUGCACAGAGAAUUCCAUCAUGGACCUGACCCAACCGAUAUAGCCCCAGGAGAGCAAGCCCAAGAUGUAGCAAGCAGUCCACCUGAGAGCUCCUUCCAGAAACUAGCACCCAGUGAAUAUAGGUAUACUCUAUUGAGGGAUCGAGAUGAGCUUUAAAAACUUGAAAAACAGUUUGUAAGCCUUUCAACAGCAGCAUCAACCUACGUGGUGGAAAUAGUAAACCUAUAUUUUCAUAAUUCUAUGUGUAUUUUUAUUUUGAAUAAACUGAAAGAAGUUUUGGGUUUUUAAUUUUUUUCUCCCCGACUCAAAAUGCAUUGUCAUUUAAUAUAGCCUCAAAAAAAAAAAAAAAAAAACCUGCUAGGAUUUAAAAAUAAAAAUCAGAGGCCUAUCUCCACUUUAAAUCUGUCAUGUAAAGAAAGGUGACAUUGCCAGAAACUUACCAUUAACUUGCACUACUACGGUAGGGAGGACUUAGGGAUGUUUCCUGUGUCGUAUGUGCUUUUCUUUCUUUCAUAUGAUCAAUUCUGUUGGUAUUUUCAGUAUCUCAUUUCUCAAAGCUAAAGAGAUAUACAUUCUGGAUACUUGGGAGGGGAAUAAAUUAAAAUUUUCACACUGUGUACUGUGUUUUACUGAUUGGUUGGAUAUUGCUUAUGAAAAUUCCAUAGUGGUAUUUUUUUGGAUUCUUAAUGUGUAACUUAAACAUACUUUGAAGCGGAGGAGAGUCAUAAGACAGAACAUUUGGCAGGAAUUGUCCUUAUGAACCAAGAAAAAGAAAAUGAAAAGUAUUAUUAAGCUUCUGUGUUUGUCUAAAAAUGUGGCAUAUGGAUGGCAUUUAAAACUUUGAAUGAAUUAUACCUAAAUCUGGGAAAGGGAGGUGACAGUGGAACAGGUUACCAGUCAGAACUAGAUGAGUUUUAACGCUACUCCUAUUAUGAGACUUCAAUUUCCAAAGAGAAGAACCAGCAGAGAAAUUGUAUUUCGGUAAUUUUAACCUCCUUCUGUCUUGUAGAGUCUUGUUAUAGUUGUGUAAAUUAAAAACACAGAAUAAGGAACAUAUUUAACUUUUCUUUCCAUUGUAAAAUGGUUAGAGGACCUUACCCCCUCUAGAUUCCCUGAUUUCCCAGGCCUGCAGCAUACAGUAAGAUGGGUCCCUGUGCCAGGCCUCAAUACUGCCAGGGAAUAAAACCAGAGGGAGAGGACCCUCAGUGUCAUAUCUGAAAGCCCAAUGCCAGAGGACAGACAGGCUCAAAAUUGGCUUUUCCUCUGGGCCCGGGUUGGUGCUAUAGGCCAAGGGUCAUUUUAUACUUGGGUAUAAAUCAAUCCCAGUUUGGGAAAAGAUUAUUUUUAAGCUUAAAAGGCUGACAUGUGCCAUUAUAUGUAGUAUGUAAUAUAUGUAACAUCUUCCAAUUGUUUUAAAAUAAAAUAUUUAUAAUGGAUAUUUAAUGAUUAUUUUUAAAAACCAGCUUAUAAUUCCUAGUGAUGCAUGAUUUAUCCAUAGUUUUAUUGAAAAUAAUAAAUGUUAAUAAGGUGAUAAGGGGUAUAUUUUAGUGUAUUGUACCAGAUUGUGAAUAAGAAAGUAGGAUGGACCUUUCUAGAGGUUGGGCCUUAGUUCUGUUAUCCUCAUUGCUUUUAGCCAGUAAGUUGAAUCAAGUUAGAGUUAUGGUCUUCAGGUUAGAUGAUGGACCAGAUCUGUGAAGGUCAGCAUGGAAAUUCACAAACAUUCAACAAGAUAGCACACAGGACCAAAAGCAGCACAUGCAAUCAACUGGAAUAAUAUGGUAAUCCUGUAACUGGGUUUGAAAAAAUAAUCAACAAAAGAUACAAUUCAGGGGUGAGGUUGCAGAGAGCUGACUUAAGAGUAGUUAUUAUGAAAAAGGCCUCAAGGAGUACGUGUUCACUAUUCUGUAAGAUGAUAACAAGUGGCUGUUAAAAAAAGGAGUUGAUUUGAGGAAGUAUUAUUUAGCAUUCAUGCAUACUGGGCUUAGGCUCUAGCCCUGCCACUAUCAUUGUCUUCUCUGGACUGUGAAGCCAUUGAGGACAAGGAAACUAAAUUUAAUGUCUAUAUCACUAGUGCCUAGAAUUUCUGGACACUUAGUAGUCACCAUCAGGCAUUUAGUUAAUGAAUGAGAAGCGAAGUGACCUUGGUUACUUUUUUACCCUGAGGGGCUCAGCACUCAUUAGGACGUGGUGCCUACCUAAUUUUAUAAAAAGUCACUAAGCUCAAGUGCACUCCAUGAAAGGACAGCUUGGAUAAAAAGGUUUUUAAAAUAUGGAUGUUAAGGCUGUUCUGUCUGGAGAAGACUUGGGACUGGACAGUCUUUAGAUAUUUGAAGGGCUGGCAUUGUCUAUCUGAAUCCCAGGGCUUGAACUAGGAUUUGAGGAAGUCACAGGGAAGCAGAUUUCAGUCUGACAUUUAUUCAGUGCAAGUUUUUUGGUGCUAGAGUACCUGACAAAGCUGAAUAAAGCAUUAUUUCUGCCCUAGAGGUGUUUACAGUCUAGUCAGCAGAUGGAUAUGUAAACAAUGACUGUAACGUGUUAUAGAUGUAAAGACAGAAGAAAAUAAAGGUUAAUGAGGGCAUAAAGGAGCACUCAAUUGCAGAGAUUUGAAGACAUUAUUUUUAUUUUGAGCUUUUAAAAGAUGAACAGGUGUUCUCAGGAGGUAGAGAUCUGGCUGAGAGGGAAUAAUCUGAGCAAAGGUGUGAAACAGCCUAAUGCAUUAGAGAAAAAAGUUCUUUUAGUAAGGCAUUUGGGGUUGGAGAAGCUAGAAAAAGAAAUGGGAGCUGGUCACACAGGGCCUUGUGUACCAGAGUAAGGGGUUUGUAGUAUAUAUUGUAGACAGCAGAGAUCCAUCAACAGAUUGCAAGCAGGGAAAUAUGUUCACUUUCAACUUUGAGAAAGAAUAUUGUGGAAGCAAGUCUCAAAUUUAGACUUGUUCCCCUCUGAACCAUGAAUCAGACCAUUUCAGGUAGACGUCUUCCCCAGUUUAUUUAAUCUACUCAGGGCCUCAGGCUUCUCAGCUGGGAAGAGAGGAUGCAAGACCAGACUGAAGAUCACAGUUGACUCCCAAAACCAAAAGGAGGCCUUUCUGCUUCUUAGCCAGCUACCUUUUCCAGUUCUUCACAUUGUGAAAACUUUUAGAUGACAUUCUACAAAUUAUUAUUAUUUUUUUUAAGUUAAAAGAACCC